GCUAGUACAGUUCUACUUGCUCUAGUCGUAAACUCCUCCAUCUUUCUUAGCAAGUGUUGAGAACAAAAAUGGAGGAUUUUUUGCUCUAUUCCCUUUACACCAUUUUAGCCCUGUUGGUUCCUCUUUAUCUUUACUUGUUGACAAGAAAACCAAAGUUCAACAAAAGCAAACUGCCUCCAGGGAAUAUAGGAUGGCCAGUUCUUGGGGAAAAUGUAGACUUUGCCCGCGGAGGCCCUCGGAAAUUUAUCGAGGAGAGAAUGAGCAAAUACUCGUCCCAAGUUUUCAAAACCUCCUUCAUGGGGGAGAAAGUUUCCGUAUUCUGCGGCCCUGCUGGGAACAAAUUCUUGUUCUCCAACGAAGACAAGGCUGUUACUUCAUGGUUGCCACGAUCAAUGAGGAAAGCUUUGCUCUUCCCCUCUUAUGUGGACGCACCAUUGAAAGAAGUAGGCGCCCUUCAGCACAGCUUUUUGCAUGAAAUCCUCAAACCUGAAGCUCUAAAGAAGUACAUCCCGGUCAUGGACGCCAUGGCCCGUAAACAUCUGGAUGCCGAAUGGGCUCCUUUCGAAGAAGUCAAGGUUUACCAUCUAGCCAAGAAGUACACUUUUGCACUGGCAUGCAGAUUGUUCUUGAACAUUGAAGAUCCUGAGCACGUUAAGAGAUUGUCUGAUCCAUUUGCCCGCGUGAUGAACGGGUUAUUCUCCAUCCCACUUGACUUUCCCGGAACAGCUUACAACGGUGCUAUUAAAGGAGGGAACAAAGUACGUGAAGAGCUGCUGAAGAUCGUUACAAAUAGGAAGAAAGAGCUAAUGGAAGACGAGUCCUCUGCAGGAAGAGACCUGUUAUCUCGCAUGAUUCUUGUCAAGGAUGAAGGUGGCAAGUUAAUGAACGAAAUGGAGAUCUGCAAUAACAUCGUUGGUCUUUUGGUUGCCAGCUUUGACACAACAAGUUGCGCGGUCACCUUUGUGCUGAAAUAUCUCUCGGAGCUUCCACACAUCUAUGAGAAGGUUUACCAAGAAAUCAUGGAGAUUGCAGAGUCCAAAGGUCCAGACGACCUCUUGAGUUGGGAGGAUAUCCAGAAGAUGACCUACUCAUGGAAUGUAGGGCGUGAAUCAUUAAGGCUAACUCCGCCAGCUCAAGGAUCCUUUAGAGAGGCAAAAACGGAUUUUGACUAUGCUGGUUUCACCAUUCCAAAAGGGUGGAAGACAUUUUGGAGUGUGUAUUCGACACAUCGAAAUCCCAAACACUUUGCAAAUCCAGACGUAUUUGAUCCUUCAAGAUUUGAAGGAAGUGGACCAGCACCAUUCACUUUCAUUCCCUUUGGAGGAGGACCUAAGAUGUGUCCUGGAAAAGAAUAUGCACGGCUGGAGAUCCUAGUGUUCAUGUAUAAUGUGGUGACAAGAUUCAAGAUGGAGAGGCUAAUUCCUGAUGAGAAGAUCAUAAACCUGGCAUCUCCUACUCCUGUCAAUGGUCUCCCUGUUCGACUCCAACGCCGCCGCAAUGCCUGAAUUUUAUGCAUUUAAGUAAUUGGUAUUCUAUAUUUUCUGAUUUUUGGGAUGAGAAUUUGUUCUAGUUUAGGGUGUUUUUUUUUUUUUGAGACUUACAAUAAGAGACUCAAUUGCAAUA